AUGAUUUCUUCGUCUUAUGCCAGACCGUUGAGGUAUUUAGGAAGAUAUUACUCCACUAAGAUCUGGAGUGACUUCUCAAAGAGAUCGGAAACUUUGAAACUCAUAGAUCCAAAGUAUGAAAAAGAUCUUUUGCAGGGAAUCAAUCCUGAUCAAGGUCCCAACUCUUUAGUUCAACCAGAUAGAAGACUUGCAUACCAUUCGCCUGUGGCCAUUGAUGAAACGUUCAAGUUGGCAUACGAAUACUUAGAAGGUGAAAGUGCCAAAAUUUACGCAAAGAUUGACGAUAAGAAGUCCGUCGAAGAAACUGAUCGCCUCUUGGUGAAAGCCGAGCAGUACAACCCAGAAGUUCUCUUUAACAUCGAGAAUUCUCCAACUCAAAUCGACAGAGAGCAGCCAGUGUAUAGGAAAUACUUGCAGGAAAAGUGGGAAUCUCAUGAUAGAAUGCUUUCCAUGCAAAGGUUGGAACAAUUACAUGUUAUCCCAGACACCAUGCCCACCUUGGAUCCUAAAGUGGAAGUUAAAGUCAAGUUCCCUCAUAACACCGUCUUGGAAUUUAGCGAAUGGAUUGAACCAGGUACGAUAUUACCUGCCUUUGCUGUGGACAAGCCACCUACUAUUCAGAUCCAAGAGUUUGACAGAGUUGCUGAAAACCUGUUAUACACCGUGCUCUUGGUGAACCCAGAUACUCCAGACUUGGAAACUAAUACGUUCAAGACCACCUUACAAUAUGCAUUGACUAACGUCCCAUUAUCAAACAGUAAUAACGUCGUAGGAACCGCCAAACUUUUGGAUGAUGAUUUUGCAAAGCAACACGUUGCCAGAGAGUAUGAACCACUUGUACCUGAGAAGAAUGCCCAACUCCAAAGAGCAUGCUUAUGGGUUUUCCGUCAACUGAGUGGAGAAAUAAAGGCAUCUAUAGGUGAAGAAGACAACUUUGACAUUAGAGAGUUUGCACAAUCGAAUUCUUUGGAGGCAAUUGGUGCACAUGUUUGGAGACAACAGUUUGAUAGAUCCGUCAAUCAAGUCAGGCAGGAAUACGGAUUACCCAAUGGAAGAGUAUUCCAUAGAGUAAGAAAGGCACACCCGGUAAUCCCAGCUGGUACCAGUAACGUCGUAUAG